GUCAAUUAUGAGAGUAAAUAUGGGAUAAAGGAAGGGCAUUUGAGUACCCCGAUCUGAUAAAACAGAAACACUCAAAAAGAGAUUUGGGAUGGGAGGCUGAAUUAAUGUGCUAUAAUUAAAAGGAGAUAGCACAGUAGAAAGAGAGUACCAACCUCAUGAUGUCAAGCAAUGCAAUCACUAUUUUUCUCUUGUUUCUCAAUAUCUCUCUUUUUCCAGCCAUCUCUGCUUUGAACCAAGAAGGUCACUCUCUACUUUCAUGGCUUUCAACCUUUAAUUCUUCUCUUUCUGCGAAUUUUUUUGCUUCAUGGGAUCCAAGCCACCAAAAUCCAUGCAAAUGGGAGUUCGUGAAAUGUUCAAGUAGUGGUUUUGUUUCAGAUAUAACAAUCAACAAUAUCGCCACUCCAACCAGCUUCCCUACCCAGUUCUUCUCCCUUAACCAUCUCACUACUCUUGUCCUUUCCAAUGGAAAUCUCUCGGGCGAAAUUCCACCUUCGAUAGGAAAUCUGUCUUCGCUGAUCACCUUGGACCUCAGUUUCAAUGCUUUAGCAGGAAAUAUUCCAGCAGAAAUUGGAAAACUAUCUCAACUGCAGUCGCUUUCAUUGAAUUCAAAUAUGCUACAUGGUGAGAUUCCUAGAGAAAUAGGAAACUGUUCAAGGCUUAGAGAGCUUGAACUGUUUGAUAACCAGCUCUCCGGAAAGAUACCAACAGAAAUAGGCCAGUUGGUAGCUCUGGAGAACUUCCGCGCAGGCGGGAACCAAGGAAUUCAUGGUGAAAUCCCAAUGCAGAUAUCGAACUGUAAAGGACUACUGUACUUGGGUCUUGCAGACACUGGGAUUUCAGGACAGAUUCCAAGUAGUUUAGGAGAAUUGAAGUAUCUCAAGACACUUUCAGUGUAUACAGCUAAUCUCAGUGGAAACAUCCCAGCAGAAAUUGGUAAUUGCUCAGCCUUAGAAGAACUCUUUCUGUAUGAAAACCAACUUUCAGGUAACAUUCCUGAAGAAUUGGCUUCCUUGACGAAUCUCAAGAGGCUGCUGUUAUGGCAGAACAACCUAACUGGGCAAAUUCCUGAAGUUCUGGGAAACUGUUCAGAUUUGAAAGUUAUUGAUCUCUCCAUGAAUUCUCUAACUGGUGUUGUUCCUGGGUCUUUAGCCAGGUUGGUAGCACUGGAGGAGCUUCUGUUGUCUGAUAAUUACCUUUCAGGAGAAAUUCCACAUUUUGUUGGAAACUUUUCUGGUCUGAAGCAGCUUGAACUGGAUAAUAACAGAUUCUCCGGUGAGAUUCCAGCUACCAUUGGGCAACUAAAGGAGCUUUCACUGUUCUUUGCCUGGCAGAACCAGCUCCAUGGGAGCAUACCUGCUGAGCUAUCCAACUGCGAGAAACUUCAAGCAUUGGAUCUCUCUCAUAAUUUCCUUACGGGGUCAGUUCCACAUUCUCUCUUCCAUCUCAAGAACUUAACCCAGUUGCUGCUGUUAUCAAAUGAAUUUUCAGGAGAAAUUCCAUCUGAUAUUGGCAAUUGUGUUGGUUUGAUCCGUCUGCGACUAGGAUCAAACAACUUUACUGGUCAAAUUCCUCCAGAGAUAGGGUUCCUACGUAACUUGAGCUUUCUUGAAUUGUCUGAUAAUCAAUUUACUGGAGAUAUUCCUCGAGAAAUUGGCUAUUGCACUCAACUAGAAAUGAUUGAUUUGCAUGGGAAUAAGCUCCAAGGCGUCAUUCCGACAACUCUUGUAUUCCUUGUUAAUCUUAAUGUUUUAGAUCUUUCAAUCAACAGUAUAACAGGCAACAUUCCUGAGAACUUAGGAAAGCUUACAUCCUUGAACAAACUAGUAAUCAGUGAAAAUCACAUUACUGGUUUGAUUCCCAAGUCAAUUGGUCUAUGUAGGGAUCUGCAGUUACUAGAUAUGAGCAGCAAUAAACUCACUGGCCCAAUCCCAAAUGAGAUUGGUCAAUUACAGGGACUAGACAUCCUAUUAAAUCUGAGUAGGAAUUCUCUAACAGGUUCUGUUCCAGAUAGCUUUGCAAACCUCUCAAAACUCGCAAACCUAGAUCUCUCUCACAACAAACUCACAGGACCUCUUACAAUACUUGGUAAUCUUGACAACCUCGUUUCUUUGGAUGUCUCCUACAACAAAUUCUCAGGUCUCCUUCCUGAUACUAAGUUUUUCCAUGAACUUCCUGCAACUGCAUAUGCUGGUAACUUGGAGCUCUGCACCAACAGGAACAAGUGCUCCUUAAGUGGAAAUCACCAUGGCAAGAACACCCGAAACCUCAUAAUGUGUACACUUCUCAGUUUAACUGUAACAUUGUUGGUUGUUCUUGUGGGGGUGCUUAUAUUUAUCAGAAUUCGUCAAGCUGCAUUAGAGAGGAAUGAUGAAGAAAACAUGCAAUGGGAAUUCACUCCAUUUCAAAAGCUUAAUUUCUCUGUCAACGAUAUCAUACCAAAGCUUUCAGAUACAAACAUCAUCGGGAAAGGUUGUUCGGGCAUGGUUUACCGUGUUGAGACUCCAAUGAGACAAGUUAUUGCAGUGAAAAAAUUAUGGCCAGUGAAGAACGGAGAGGUUCCUGAGAGAGAUUGGUUUUCUGCAGAAGUUAGAACUCUCGGAUCAAUAAGACAUAAGAACAUAGUUAGGCUUCUGGGAUGUUGCAAUAAUGGAAAAACCAAAUUGCUGUUGUUUGACUACAUCAGCAAUGGAAGUUUGGCCGGAUUACUCCAUGAGAAGAGGAUAUACUUGGAUUGGGAUGCAAGAUAUAACAUCGUACUAGGGGCAGCUCAUGGCCUGGAAUAUCUUCACCAUGAUUGUACUCCUCCAAUUGUGCAUCGUGAUAUCAAGGCAAAUAAUAUCUUGGUAGGACCGCAGUUUGAAGCUUUCCUUGCAGAUUUUGGACUCGCCAAGCUUGUUGAUUCUGCAGAAUCUUCAAAGGUUUCUAACACAGUUGCCGGUUCUUAUGGAUACAUAGCUCCAGAAUAUGGAUACAGUUUCAGAAUCACAGAGAAGAGCGAUGUGUAUAGCUAUGGCGUAGUUCUUCUAGAAGUAUUAACAGGGAAAGAACCUACUGACAACCAAAUUCCUGAAGGAGCCCACAUUGUCACCUGGGUUAACAAAGAACUUCGAGAAAGAAGAAGAGAAUUCACAACAAUUCUAGACCAGCAGCUACUGCUUCGAUCAGGCACACAACUGCAAGAAAUGCUUCAGGUGCUUGGAGUGGCCCUCCUUUGUGUGAACCCUUCACCAGAGGAACGACCAACAAUGAAAGACGUAACAGCAAUGCUGAAGGAGAUCAGACAUGAAAAUGAAGAUUUGGAAAAACCGCAUUGCCAUAACAAAGCAGCAGCAUCCAAUUCAAAAGCAGCAGUUCACUCUUCUAGUUUCUCCAGAUCAUCCGAACCCCUAAUUAGAUCACCUUCCUGAGUCCAUAAUUCCACAACUCUUGCUCAUUAGUUCAUUGAUUAUUUUUCAAGCAACAAAAUAAUUUGUAUAGAUUUAUAUAUGUUAUAGCAGUAGGACUUCAAGAAUCUGUUAUUCUACACUAAUUUAAGUUUGGUUUCGUUCAGUUCAGAGAUGUGUAAUUUCUCUUCAAAGCGAAGAACAGGUAGCGAGUUCAUUUAUGGUGCAGAAAUAUUUUUUA